AUGAGAGAGUAUACAAAAGCACUUUUAUUUCAUGAGAAAGCAAUUGAAAUUCUACAAAAAAGUCUUCCUUCAAAUCAUCCUAAUUUGGCUACUUUAUACAAUAACAUCGGUAUGGUGUAUCAUCAAAUGGGAGAGGAUUCGAAAGCACUUUUAUUUCACGAGAAAGCGCUUAAAAUUCGUCACGAAACUCUUCAUUCCAAUCAUCCUGAUUUGGCUACUUCAUACAACAACAUCGGUUUGGUGUAUCAUCAAAUGGCAGAAUAUUCAAAAGCACUUUCAUUUUAUGAAAAAGCAUAUGAAAUCUUUUCAAUAACCCUUCCAUCAAAUCAUCCUUCAUUAGCUAGUUUAUAUAGCAAUAUUGGUACUGUAUAUGACAAUAUAGGAGAGUACUCGAAAGCACUUUCAUUUUAUGAGAAAGCACAUGAAAUCUUUCUAGUAACUAUUCCUUCAAAUCAUCCUAAUUUGGCUAAUUUAUACAAGAACAUUGGCACUGUGUAUAGAAAGAUGGAAGAAUACUCGAAAGCACUUUCAUUUUACGAAAAAUACCUUGAAAUCUGUCAAGAAACUCUUCCGUCAAAUCAUCUUUCAUUAGCUACCUCAUACAACAACAUCGGCAAUGUAUAUUACAAUAUGAGAGACUAUUCUAAAGCGCUGUCAUAUUUAGAGCAUGCUCUCGACAUAUUUCAACGUAUAUUACCACCAACUCAUUCCUCUAUAAAAGAUGUGAAAAAAGGUAUUGAGAUUGUAAAAGAAGAAACUAACAAGAAUAUUCAAUAA